AAGCGGGCGGCGAGGGGCGGCCGGGACCCCGGCCCAACAUGGCUGAAGUUGGCAUCGACCAGUCCAAGCUGCCGGGAGUCAAGGAAGUGUGCCGAGAUUUUGCUGUCUUAGAGGACCACACCCUGGCCCACAGCCUGCAAGAACAAGAGAUUGAACAUCAUUUGGCCUCGAAUAUUCAGCGGAACCGUUUGGUCCAGCAUGAUCUCCAGGUGGCUAAGCAGCUUCAGGAGGAAGAUCUGAAAGCUCAGGCUCAGCUCCAGAAGCGCUACAAAGACCUUGAACAACAAGACUGUGAAAUUGCUCAGGAAAUCCAGGAGAAGCUGGCUAUUGAGGCCGAGAGACGACGCAUUCAGGAGAAGAAAGAUGAGGACAUAGCUCGCCUUUUGCAAGAAAAGGAGUUACAGGAAGAGAAAAAGCGAAAGAAACACUUUCCAGAGUCCUCUGGAUCCAGUGCUUAUGGAGAUAAUUACUACUAUGAAAAUGGAGACCAGCCACAGUCAAGGAGGGCAAGGGAAUUGGGUUCUGGAGUCUCAAGGUCUUGUAGACUCCAAAGUGAUGGAAACACUGUGAAGCAAAGGAAAGAGAAACCCAAACAUCCAAUGGAGAACUUGGAAGAGCUGGAAGAUUACUGUUCAUCAGGGAAACUUCUGUCAUCCUGUAGCUCAAGCAAAGUGAGGGGCAGUCCCCACAAUGACUCUGAGCAGCGUGAAAGGAAGCGGUCUGAUCAUGAGAGACUUCGGAGACCUCCACUUCCCAAGAUCAGUGGUGAGGUGUUUUUGAGUACUGGAUUUGAUGACUGGGAGGCUAACAGUAGCCAUCGAACUCAGAAUUGGGAAAAAAAGUCCAGACACCAAGACCGACUUUCACCCAAGUCUUCACAGAAAUCGGGGCUUCAUUACAAGGAAGCUGUGUAUGGGAGGGACCGUGGGCAAGGUGAGCACAGAGAAAGGAAACACAGGCCCAGGACUCCUCCCUUCUCAGAGAGUGAGAAAUGGCUCCAACUCCAUGACACAGGAAUGAAGCCAAGAGGAAUGAAAGAGGCUGUCUCUACCCCAUCACGAGUGGCUCACAGGGAUCAGGAGUGGUAUGAUGCUGAAAUUGCCAGAAAACUGCAAGAGGAAGAAAUUUUGGCUACCCAGGUAGACAUGAGAGCAGCUCAAGUAGCCCAGGAUGAGGAAAUUGCUAGACUCCUCAUGGCUGAAGAAAAGAAAGCUUACAAGAAAGCCAAGGAGAGGGAGAAAUCAUCUUUGGACAAAAGAAAGCAUGACCCUGAUUGGAAGCCAAAAACAACUAAAUCGGCACACUCAAAGUCAAAAGAAAGUGAUGACCCUCACCGUUCUAAGAAUGACAGGCCAGCAAGGCCACCACCGCCUACCAUGACAGAAGCUGAGGAUUUGGAUUACACUCAUGUUACAAACCAGCAUAAUUCCACACGUCAUUUCUCAAAAUCAGAAUCCUCUCAUAAAGGUUUCCAUUAUAAGCAGUAAAAACCUAGGAAUCUGCCUUGAAAACGGACUCACUGUAGCAAAUAUUACUGGAUGAUACAGAAUGCAUUCCACGCUCAUUUUUUUCUUCCUUCCUCUGUUUGUAUUCCUGGGAUUUACCUUCAAGUGUUUUUUAGACCAUAAACAAUCUUAAUUCAUUCAGAAUGUUUUGGUUAUUCCUGAUCACUUGGGCAGUAUAAGAAAAUCUAGCUUCUGAAUGUUGGCCACCUCUAUGCUGCAAAUGCUUCGUGGGAUAUAGUAUCUAAAAGCUCUGUAAAAUGCCAUUUUUGUUAGGUAUGGAGUACUGGUAUCUAGAGACUAGGCUUUAUUUAGCUAGCAAUUAGAAUUUUGUGGAGAUAAUGAUCAGAGUAAAACACAAUGUUUGGGUGCAAUGCAGAAUAAAAGAAUAUAACAAAUAGCUUUUUUCGUGCAUUAGUGUAUGGUAUAUUGAAGAAAGAAUCUUUUGGUUUUUGUAUUCUCCAGGGAAAUAUUAAAAAUCAGAACCAUAAAGUGUUAAAAAAAACAAACAAAUCUGGAACAGUUGAAACAUGUUAUUUUGGCCACCAGGACUCUAGCGGUUUUCCAUAUCCUUCUAAGCCCUCUUGGGAGAAUUGGCUCAGAUGGCAUUCCCAGACACUCUCUCUGCUGUUGCUUUCUAUAGCAAGGCUUUCUGAGGCCUCGGGGUAUUGGGCUAUUUAUUAGUAUUUAUUGGCAAAAGUUUAAUUCUAUGAAAUUUUAACUCAGGGCUAUGCAAAGUCCAUUGAACAUGAAAAAGUGAAAAACUUUUGUAUCCCUUCUCUUGUUUUACAUUGUACGUAGAGAGCCAAGGGCAGUGGCUGGAGUUGGUAAGAUGUUCAUUCAUAUGAGCGAUGAUGCCAUCUUUCUCUCUGGACACAGAUUGAAGUUUUCCUGCUGCUUAAAAAACAGCAGGUUUUGUUGGCAGCCACUCAAAAAAUAUUUUGUGUAUCUGUCAAUAAUCAGAUUAAUUCGACAUGAAGUUGAAGUAGAUAAAAUGGUUCUUUAUUCAGGUAUUUGGUUCGACGCAUUUGUCAGUGAUACAUGGCAUCAGAUUCCAUUGUACAGGACCUUUAAAGCCCUCUUUGAGAAAUCUAGUCUCUGUCUAGCUUCUAACCUUGUGGAAAUACUUAUUUUCCCAUUCUAGUUAGUUCACAUAAAUGGCAAUCAUGUGACAUAUAUAAAUAAUUUCCUUUCAGCUUGACUUUGUGUUAUUUUUCAUCGUAUGAAUCUGACGUUUUGACAUUCAAGUAUGGUGUUUGCUUAGGAAGGAGAUACCUAGGUCACUAGAGGAAAGGCUGUUAAUCCAUUCUUUUCCCACUUGGAACUGCCUUUUUUGCCUUAUCUUUCCAGAUAGUCUUUCAAGUCAGGCAGAAUUUAGGAAGCUGUUUAGGAUAGUUUCUCAGAGUGGAUUUGGGUCCUUCUGUUUUGAGAAAGAUCUUUAUUAGUUCAUAAAGUUUUUGAUUGUAGAAACUUGGGUAAAAGAGCCAACUUUUAGGAAAAUGAUGAUCUAGGAAGAAACAAACCCUAAGAGAUGUAGUCAUUUUCGAGAAAUGGGGAAAGAGAAAAAAACAGGACUUUGAAUGACCAUGAUGAAAUUAAUGAGGCAGAAUCUUCAUUGACAUAGGCAAGGGCAGACAAAAUGGAGGACUGAGCCUUAGCCAAAUUCUAGAGGGCGGUUUCAGUAUCCAAGGCUGAGGCCUUGUUGGCUUAAAGUAAUGCUGUAUUUUUCUUUGUCUGCCCUGUGAUUUUGCUUCAUGUUUUAAAAAGUUUUCUCUGGUAACUUUAAAGAAAAAAAAACACAAUGUAUUUUUAUUUGAUAGUUAAACAAAUUAUUUUUAUUUCAUAAAUGUUUAUUUUUCUAUCUCAUACAAUGACCAGUUUUACUUUAAAAAUUCUGCAUUUAUCUUACCUCUCAUGUACUUUAUCCAAUCAUAUUUAUUAUUGUAAAAUGCUGUCUGGAGACAUUUUCAUUCAAAAAAUGUCAGGCCAUUUAACCCCUGGAUAUUAGUGUUUUAGCUGUCUUAGUGAGUGGCCAGAGGUCAUAGAUCCCUGUGACACCCAAUUCAACAUCUGUAUUGAAAAUGUGUUCCUUUUUUUUCUAGGUUUUUAAAAAUUAAGAAUUUUAAAAUAUUUUAAUUUUAUUUUUUUUUGUAAAGCAAACACUUUUUAAAGAGUAUCAGAGUAAUUCCGUUCCUUUUAUUGGUUUAAUUCUCUUACUGUCAUUCAAAGAUGAUAAUUAUUAUUUUUAAGACUAUAGAAGUUAACUAACAACUCUAUUUAAAGGAACUGCCAAACAUUCCUCACUGUGUUCUCUGCUUUUCACGUUGUUAUUUUUAUAAAAAUGUGGAAACAUUUCUUUUGUUCCUCUUUCUACUGCUGGAAGACAGACAAUUGAAUUUUUAGGCCCACAAUGUAUUAUGCUCUAAUGUUACGAUGUAAACUAAUGCUCUGGCCUUGGAAAAUCUUUGUUUCUAUACCUUUCUCUGGAGGCGCCAUUAACACUAGUACUGCUGAAUGAGCACAGUAUGGAACCUUAUCAUAAGGCUACUGAAUGUGUAUACCUUCUGCCCCCCAACUAGCUUUUUGUAACUCAUUGCCUGGAAGCAAGGUCAGGUAAGGGUCAGAUUAAAUGUUCAGAGCUGAAAAAGUUUGUAGUGUGAAACCAUUGUUAGACAUGAUUACUUUAUGGGGGACUGGACAGUUGCUACAUAUGCUUUAAAAGAACAUUGAGAUUUUUAGAAAGAGACUUUGCAUAACUUUGAGCUACUUUUUCUCAAGUGACUUUACAACAAGCAGCAACAGACUAAUGGACGACCAAAAAGACUUACAGGUUUUGAUCAUAGAGAAACAUCUAAAUUAGAAAAGAAUGAUAUGGAUAGAUGUUUCCCAGGAGGAAAACCUUUUCAGAUUUUCAGUGGCCACUUGGAUGUAGAUCAGCAUAUGCCAAGGUGUGUGACCUUGGGCCUUGUGGUCCACUGAACUCUAGAAAAUUGUGAACCGGACUCAUUUUCCCCUUUUCUUCUCUUCUGUGGUCUGCAGCUGAACUGGAUGAUGAAUAAACUCAUUGCUAACCUUGUCCACACUUUUCCAUCCAUGUCAGGACUUUUCAGUAUAAAAAUAAUUAACUUUUAAUGGAGAAUUAUUUUUCUUCAAUACUGUCAAAAUAUUCUCUAGUUUUUGUCUUGUGCCAAAUUGUUCUUUGGGAACACCUGCUAUAUAAUAUGGUGCAUUCAGUUUACCACAUCAGUGGUUAACGUUUUAGGGCCUUGAUUUUUAACGAGUGUUGCCUUGUAUAAAAAUCACUUUGGGGAAUAUCAAGAUUAUUCAUUUAUUCAGUGAUGAUUUUCUUGAAAGAUAAUUAUGGUGACUGGCUGUAAGAUCUUCCCUGUAAAUAAAGGAAUGAGACCCUUGUGUGAUCAGCUUUCUGAGGGACUGAGAACAGAAUAGAACUUGCACUGAAAGACUUUUUUUCCCUCUUGGGAAAACAGUAUUUGUGUAGGGAAUGUUAAUGUGAAAGGGAACACGGUUCAGUUAGAUUUCACUGGAUAUAUUGUGCCAUAUUCUUAGAACACCGGCUUUUUAGAAACAAUCAUAAAAUAACCAAAACCUGUUUUUUCAGCCAAAAGGAAAAAACAGAUUUUCAAAGUACUUUGUCCUUUACUUACUGCUCAUAGUCCGAGAAGCGACUAGAUAAAGUGGUCCCUCCCAUUUUCUCCUCCUAUCUGGUGGUGCCGGUGCCUCUUAAAGCCAUAGCUGCUUAUCUUACCUUUGAUAGAAUCCUGUUUUUCUCCUUAGCUUAUAACAGGUAAUAUGAUCAGCAAGGAACAAACUGGAGACUGUCCUGAUAGUGCUGUAUGGGGCAAGGUGUCAUCCAAAUUCCUCUUCAGAGAAUCUCCUUUGUCCCUGAUGACACUUAGGAUUAUGAAAGGGAAGAGUCCAGGCUGUUGUUGCUCCUGCCCUUUAAUUGUGAUUAGAAAUGCUGAAAUUUAAUUCCAGAGAAGUCAAAAAGGAAGGGGCAAACUGGCAGAUUUCAGGUCUUACAGAGUCACUUUUCUGAUGAGACUUGCACUUUUUGCCAGCAAUGUCUUGGGGAGCUGUAUUGCCUUAAAUUAGUUUGAUUCUGACUGAGGUCAGUGUACUGUAUUUCCUGUAUGUGAAUGACUAUCAACUCUCCACUGAGAUAUAAAAUUCACAGGUGAUCCCAAAACAUCCUUGCUGUCAGAAACUUUGGACUUCCUCCCACUGAGCUAUGGCUGAUGUAUUCACUGAUAGAUCUAUCACUUCAUUGAGUUGCCUCUCAAUCUGUGAAUGAGCAGUGGCAUGACCAAAAAGGCUGGUGGAAGGAGAGUGAGAAUUUCUUGGCCAGAUUCUUCAGGUUAUCACUUCCUGAGUAACUGAGAGUUGACUGUCUUUUCUAUAGUAACUACGUAGAAGAUAUUUCCAAAGGUUGUAUUAUGUAGUCAAGUCACUUAUUAUUGUUUUGUGAAAAUUAAACCCAACACUCUUGUGUUUUUAAUACCAUUGACAAAAAAAGGGAGAAAACCAAACAAAACAGAGACAUUUAGUUGAAAUGAGAGAACUGUUGAUGUGAAGAGUGUUUCUAUUUUAUUGCUUUUAGGAGAAAAUUAACCAGGAAAACUUUUACUAUGGUAAGGAAGACACCAGAGUGUUUUUAUAAAGUUGUAUUUGAUGCCAUAGACUAACAGAAUCAUCUAAGAAAUCAUGUUGAUUUGUGGAAAUAUCUAGUCCUGAAAACCAUCUUCUUCCCUUAUAUAUUUGUGAAUACUGCCUAAGAACAUAUUCCUAAUACAUUUAAUAUGCUGUGGUGUGUUCUCAGCAAGCUAGAAAAUAUUUUUUUCUUUUUGAAUAACUUCAUAGCCUAGUGAGCCAGCACUGUGCUUGUUUCCACAUUUCAGAUAAGGACGGAAUUAAUUGUGCAUCUUAGUUAGUGCUCCAUUGUUCAUUGUUGAGGUUCACAUACAAAGAAUAGAAUUGAAAGACAGGGUUUUUGAGUGACAUGUCCUUUACCAAAAAGCAAGGAAUAAGAGCAGUAAAAAGACAGUUAAGAAAUAUACUAUUACACAUUGCAUACUUAGGGUAUGUUUUUGUUGCACUAAAUUUCAGAUCAUAAUUGGUAAAAUAGUUUCUAGCUAUUAAAUUUAGUGAGAGGGUUUUUGAUGUCAGAAUUUUUUUUUUAAUUUCUGAUUGAAUUAGCCCUUGAAAUCACCGUAGGCUAUAACUUGAGCUCUUGCUAUAAACCGAAAGCCAAAUGCCCUUUUUUCAGAAAUAACUAUAUUUUUUACCUGCCUCUUAAACGCAGCCCACUAUUUAUUUCAUGAAGUGUUAUAAAUAAUGAGGAGAUAGAGUGGGAAGAUAGCAUAUAAAAAUGGUGUUCCACAAUGAGAAUUCUCUGUAAUGGGGUUUCCCUUAAAAAGAAUCCAUCCCAGCACAAUAUUAUAUUUUGAAAAGGUGCUGAAUUAUAAAGUACAAGAGUAUGCUCAUAUAAAUCAAGUUGCUCAGGAAAUUAGAGGUGGUGCUGUCAUUUGUCAUAUAAUUUGGAAAAGUGCUUUCCUGAGGGAGAUACUGCACAAUGCCCAGACAGUCUCAGAGUUUUUGGUAAGCCCUUUGGCAUCUGGAAUGUAGAUAUGUUUAAAAACUGAGUGAGAUCUUAACCCAAGUGCUUACCAAUUUGUAGCCAUGCCCAGAAGGAAAGGCAGUUUUGAAAUAGCUACUUCAUGGAAAUGAGCAGAACCUUAAUGGAAAAUAGUUGUCUGAGGACAGAAAGCAAAGAGGCCACCUCAAACCACAUGCCUAUUUAGAGAUUAAAUGAAACUGUGAGGGACACUCUGUGGAUGCCUUAAAGGUGACUGGUGUUGAGUACUGGGUGGGUAUGUACAUACCCAUCUGGACUAGGCUGAUGGAAACAGUCUAUUUCAGUUCACCUUCAUACAGCACAAGUUGCUCCUGCUCAUGACCUCAUUGAGGACAAUGAGAAACAUGGUGCUGGUGACUUUGAAGUGUCUUGGGAGGUUGAGGUGGUAAUGUCAUUCAGCACUCUCCAGUGCUCAGGCCUCCCUUAAAUGCCAGUUGUACAUCUACAUUAAUUCAUCUAUGCAAGCUUGUGUUUUUAUGGUUUAUUUUCUAUACUUCUGUCCCAUUUGAUUCUUUAAAUAUCAGGUUUAACAUUAAUAUUAUGAAUAAUUUUUAAACCAAAGUAUGUAUAUGUCUGUGUGCUUGUUUUCCUGGAUGUUUGAGGCAAACACCAAUCUUGUCCUCCUCUCUCAAUAAAAUCAUCCAUUUGUUAAGUCA